AUGGCAACAAUGAGCAAAUCUCUGGACCAGGAAACCCUCCACCAAGAGUAUUUACUAUGCAAGUUCGUCCUUGAACAUCGGGAACCAAUCGAGGAUGCGCACGUUGGCCUAUUUUUGGCAGUCACUGUACCAUCUUUUGAGUCAGAAUCUCAUGCUUCCAGUUCCAGAAACAUCGUGGACUCUCUCAAAAAUAUCUUGGUCAUUUUGUACCAAUUUAUGUAUCCUUACGCAAUGUGUGGUCGAUCAAUCGCUGCAAUUUCCGCAUCUCUCAUUGCAGUAGAAAAACUAUCAGAUAUAUCUCCAUUGUUUUUUAUUGGUUUAUUACAGUUGGCCAAAAAUAUAGGCACUGAGACGUUUGUGUUCAAGAGGCCAGUCGUCUUCCCAAGAUCGUUGAUUGUUUCUAUCAUAUUCAUGACUUUCUACUCUCUUGGUUUAGCUUUAUCCAAGGAUAUACCUGACAUUGAAGGAGAUAAAAAAUUUGGUGUUGAUUCUUUCUCAGCACGUUUAGGCUCUAAAAAGGUAUUUUGGAUCUGUGUUGGCCUUUAUGAAAUGGCAUUUGGAGUUGCCAUUUUGGCAGGAGCAUCAUCUUCGUCUCCUUUUUGGAUUAAAAUUGUUACGGGUGUAGGAAAUUUGGUUCUUGCUUUGACUCUCUGGUAUCAGACAAAAUAUGUAGAUGUGACAAACCCAGCUUCCGCAAGAUCCUUCUAUUCAUUGAACUGGAAGAGUGACCUUGCUGCCACGAUCCACUAA